UUGAAUUUUAUCAUGCGAUUUACACUCGUACACUAUUGACUCUAAUAUAAUUUUAUUAAAAACCCGGUUACCUAAGGACUAUGUGUUUUUGCCUUACGGAGUAAGAAGACUAGAAAAAAAAACUCGUCAUGAAGUGAGUCUAAUAGAGUUAACGUUACUGAACCUAUGACUGAACUUGCCAAGCCAGUAGCAACAGACCUCUGAUUCAGAGCUCUUUAAAUCGCCAUUUUAAAAAAUCGAUUUUAACUUAAUGCUCGCUGCAUAAUACACAAUAAUGAAAGCGAUGAAAGAGGAAACUACCGAAACAAAACAGAUUCACGACGACAAAGACCUCAUCUGCAGUCUUUGUAAGAGAUCUGACAACAUGCCUGAGAAGUAUGGAGAGAAGAUCACCCUCCAACAGCACAACCUGACAGUCCACUAUUUCUGUUUGCUGAUGUCUAGUGGAAUAUGUCAGAGAGGGGAGGAGGAUGAAGACGUUCAUGGUUUUCUUGUGGCUGACAUAAAAAAGGAGAUCCGCAGAUCUUCAAGACUGAGGUGCACGUCCUGCAAAAAGGUUGGCGCUUCGGUGGGGUGCUCCAUCAAAAGCUGUCGGCAAAUGAUCCACAUGCCUUGUGGAUUGGAGCAGGGGUUUAUUUUCCAGUUCACCGACUUGUUUCCGUCUUUCUGUAAAAAGCAUGCACCCAGUCAGUCCUGCGUCUCCAGCCCCAGUCUGCCGCUUUCUUGCUCUGUCUGUCUGGAGCCCAUUGAACCUGUCCUCUCCUACAAUGUCCUCAAGUGUCCUGUAUGUCAUGGCAGCUGGUUUCACAGAAACUGUGUACAGCAUUAUGCACACAGCGCUGCCAUGUUUUUCUUCAAAUGCACACUCUGCAAUAACAAGGACCAGUUUCAGCAGGAAAUGCUCAGAAUGGGAAUAUACAUACCAGAGCGGGAUGCAGCAUGGGAACUAGAGGAGAAUGCAUAUGAAGACUUACUGCAAGUGUACCAGCACUGUGAUGCUGUGAAGUGUCGCUGCAGCAAAGGUCGUAAAUACAGCUCACAGUCAGGGGUUUUUGAAGUUGUUCGUUGCAAGUUGUGUGGAUCCAGGGGGACUCAUCGAAAAUGUUCCAACCUCAGGCUUUACGAAAGCGACUGGAUCUGUGCUGACUGUAAAGCUGCUGUUGAGGAAAAAAAGUCAGUGCCAUUGCCAAACCAUGUUGAAUCUCCACUGGCUAUAAGGCAAGAGAGGAAGAGGCUGUUUAAAAACAUCUCUGACCUUCACUCUUCACUCAUUAGUAAAAGGCAGUGUGUGCCAGCCACUUCUCCGGAGGUCUUAAUGGAUCUGGCCCGUCAGAUAUCACAGCAGCAGUCCACAGAGGUGCUAGUGGAAGAUGAUGACGGGGUGAUGGAAGCAGCUUUGCGGGUUCUGCGGCAAAGUGACUUUAAUCCCUGCUGCACGCUUUCUGUGAAAUUCUCCAAAGACAAACUUAACAGCAAUAUUAGGAGUCAGCGUCGCUUCCUCAGAUGUCUUGUUUCGAAACUUCAGAUGUCAGAAAUCUUCGAGGGACCUGAUGGAAAUAAAAACCUGGCUCUGAACUCAAAAGCUCUGAGGGAUGACCUCUACUUUGAAGUCGGCAGUCUGUUGGCCCUCUCUUUGGUUCACGGAGGUCCUCCUGUGGGAUUCUUCUCCCCAGCACUCUACCACAGUCUGUUUAACUACCCCACAAACUACAGACCGACUUUACAAGACCUUGGAGACACUGCUUUUGCAUAUAAAAUCAGACAGAUUGCAGAAGCAAACUCUAUAAAGGUGCUGAAAAAAGCAAUGUACUCCGCAUCACAGUAUUUGGAAGCAGCAGGUUGCUGGCGAAAGAUCAGCAAGCUCUCCGAGAAGGACGUGCUGGUGGAGGAUGUACUAAAUUUCUACCUGAUCAUCAGACUACAGCUGCCUCUGCAGAGAUUCCGUGAAGGUUUAAGGACCCUAGGACUGUUUGAGCAGGUUCAGAUGUGUACAGAGGCUUUCCAUUCAGUCUUCUGUGGGCCGGUGGAAAGGCUGACGGCUGAAUCUGUCAUGGAGCUCUUUACCAUCCAGUUUUCAGAAGAAAAAGAGCAACACGAAAAGGAGAACACAACAGUAAAAUUUUGGAAGAAGUAUCUGCAUGAGUGUGAAGAGGGUCGGUGUGCAGCAUCACUUGAGGACCUCCUAACAUUCGCCACUGCUACAGAUUUGGUUCCAUCCAUUGGAUUCCACCCCACUCCGUCUAUUUCAUUCAUCAGCUCACCAGACCCUUCGUGUGCCUUUCCUCAGAGCUACUGUGAUGCCAAUCACCUCGUUCUGCCAGUACUUCCCUCAUAUGAGCUCUUCAAGAAGCACUUGGAAUACACAGUGUGUCAGUUCUCAGUAAUGCAGGACGUUUAAACUCUUCUCCAGACUGGACAUUUCAGUACAUUCACGGCGUAGAUUUACCUAAUGAUCUACAAUGGUGCUAAAAGUCUAUUUAUUGGGGUUAUCAACCAUUAUAUAAACAGUAUUUCUCAACCUAACUCACGUUAGCAUUACUUGAUCAUAGGUUGCUCCUCACUUUAUUUAUCAGUAAACCAGGUGUUUUCAGUUAUUUAUCAGUAAAUUGACAUUCCUCAACAGAAAAGAAGGACAUUGUAACUGCUUUGCUUUGAGCCGCUCAGCACCAUUAAGGCUUCAACUGCAAAGCAAUGUGUGUUUCAUACCAUCUUAGAUGUGAUAAAAUUGUUCUUUUGUGUUUUCAAAAAAAGGUUUUUCUUGUAAAUUGAGGUGCACAGUUUGAAAGUGCACAGGUUAUAGCUAGUAGCAUAACCAAAGUUUGUACUAUUAAGUAGUUUUGUGUUUUGUCUAACAGCAUGGGUAUUUAGCAGUAAUAUUUUUUUUUUUUUUUUUUUUUUAUAGAAAAAGUUAACGAGGUUGUAAUUUUUUGAUAGCCACAAGAUGGUGCAAUUGCCAAUUUUUUUUUUUUUACAUAGUGGUUAACUGCUGCCACUAUAUAUGAGUCAGUAGUUACUGAAUUAAAUGAUCUCAUUGUUUUGUGCCAGAGACCCAUUCAGACAGAAGCCAGCUUGCUUUUGUUUUUGUAUAAUGUUUAAUUUCUCCUUAAGUAGUUUAAAACUGUAUGAUAGUUUGCCGGCUCGAUAUCUGUCAUAAUUUA